AUGCCGGUUGAGCUCCGCAAGCGCAAAGCUCCUGCGCCGGCUCCAGAGCCUCCGACCAAAAAGCAGACCAAGGUCUCAAAGGUAGCCGCUAAAGUUAAGGAGACUGUCAAGGGCAAGCCUGCGAAGCCUGUUAAAUCUGCCAGUGCCAAUGGCUCGUCUAAAGCCGCAAAGCCCGUUGUCGGCGACAUUGUCGCUCUCGACGGCUUUGGUGGCGAGAUCGAGACUAACGAUGGCGAGAAGACUACUCUGAAGGCUCUUGUUGACGAGAGCAAAUCUGGAGUCGUGAUCUUCACAUACCCCAAGGCCUCUACUCCGGGUUGUACCACCCAAGCUUGUCUCUUCAGAGACUCCUACGAGCCCUUGACCAAAGGCGGUCUCGCCAUCUACGGCCUCUCGUCUGACUCGCCUAAGGCAAACACAACUUUCAAAACCAAGCAAAACCUACCAUAUCCGCUUCUAUGUGAUCCCAGCGCUACCUUGAUUGGCGCCAUCGGGCUCAAAAAAGCACCCAAAGGCACCACCCGUGGCGUCUUCGUCAUAGACAAGGCUGGGAAAGUUCUCCUAGCUGAACCAGGCGGGCCAGCUGCGACUGUUGAUGCCGUUAAGAAGCUGGUCGCUGAAGACGAAGGCGAUGAUGCUGCGAAGGAGGAACCGGCCGACGAGAAGCCUGCGGAAAAGUCGACAGAAGAGGCCAAAUCUACUAAUGGAGAGGCCACCGAAGAUAAGAAGGCCGAUGGUGCCGAUGAGUGA